AUGUACCCGAACGGCACAGCCUGCGUGGAGAGUGUGGUCAAGAGUGAGCUCACGAUUCACGGUCUGUGGCCCAAUUACAACGAUGGCUACGUGAGCUGCUGCAAUCCGAGCUCAGCGGUGGCCAACGACCCUUAUAACGCCGCUGACUUCGCUGCCGCCCAAAGCAGCCUACUCACCACCAUGGGUGAGAAGUGGGUGGACGCUACGCAAGCCACUACGUACGAAUCGCUAUGCGAGAUCUACAACCACGAGUUCCAGAAGCACGGUCUCUGCUAUGCCGCUGACGACGCUGAUUACAUCUCGGCUGCUGUCACGUACUUCACUGCUACGCUGAGCACGGCGGACCGCAUCAGUUCAGCCACCGAGCAGAUCAACAAGUGGGCAGCUCAGUCGACGCCUCAGACGACUCUGGCCGAGAUUGAGGCUCUCUACGGCCACAGUGUCAUGGUGUUGUGCUCGGCUGUGGAUGGCAACAACCAACUGUCGGCUAUCCGUACGUGCUACGAGAAGCCGACAAACAUCACGAGCGAGGGAGCGACCACGCAGAUUGACUGCGCAGCUGCGACGGCCACCUCCUCGUUCUCCGUAUGCUCCGGUGACUCGCCGAUCACUCUGACUGCAUACACAGCCCCCACCUCGGCUUAGAUGCAAUAAGCUCCGACGAUAGAGCGACGGUGCAGUCUGCUAGUAUAAAGUUCAAUGCACCAGUUACUUAAAAAUGUACCA